UACUUGUCAAACAAUGGACAGUAUUUGUCAACAAGUUGUCUAUAUAAAGAAUAAACUUGACCAUGUAUAUCAAUUCGUCCUAUUUUUGCCUAAAGUGACCACAGUUUAAAAUGUUGCAACUUCUUUUGACAUGUGCCAUCAUUGUCUAUGUGUCGUGUGUACCUAUGAAUGUAUGUAACAACUAUAAAUAUUUGUAUGACCAGUGUCUGCCACACAGGAACUGGAUCUGUGAUAAACCUGCUGGUUAUUCACCUCUCGAUAUGCGUGGAUUGAGACAAAAAUUGUCACAGAGUGAUGGAUCAUUUAUUCACUAUAUCAAGUCUUGUAGUGAAUGUUUGGGAGAUCCUGCUCCAUAUGGAGAAAAGAUAGAUUACGUAAAGAAACCUGUUUGUCGUGAAGUUAAGGUACCGAUUGAAUAUAUCAACAAAACUGUGUAUCAUGACCUGACUGGAGUAGCAGAAGGUUUUGAAGUGUGUCAGGUCAUACUCAAUGGCCCUGAUAGAAAUGUACAGAAGAUAUACAGGACAGACUGUUACAAUGGAGAUGAAAGAAAGAAGAACAACUACUGUAGAUUUGACUAUGGGGUGUUCAAGGAAUACUUUUGUAGACCAACAAACUUUGUGUAUAGAACCAUGCUUAUUGACUGUCCGUUAACAGGAUUGCAGUAUUACAAAGAAAAAGUAUCAACAGCAUGUAGCUGUGUUAAAGUCAAGUGUUUAACAGGAGAAGUCCCGGGACCCUUUAACAAUCAACGAAUCAGACAGGGACCUGUACACGUCCAAGAAAUUAGACCGAAAUCAAUAGUGAAAAUAAAUCAAGGGUUCUUUUAAAAAUCCGAAGACUGUGUAGCCGACUGUGAUAUUUAUUUAUACAAUGUUUCUCCAAUGUAUAUUAGUUUUGUUUUGUUAUUUCUAUAGUAUGAGAAUGUGAAUAAAUUCGUCAAUUAAGGUAUGAUAAUUUCAUUCAUUGAAGUCUCAAACAUAUAUUUGAUCACCAUACAAACACUCAAACUGUUAUUUUAAUCCAUAAAUAGUGCGUCCAUA